AAAGUUUCAAAAACUAAUGGCAAAAGCAAUAUUCACCAAGUAUUAAAGCCAAGCCUCAGCCUUACCUAAUGUCAUGAUAGUUGAUUGUAAAACACAAUAGGGCAGUACACUUUUAAUGUUAUAUCGUCUACUGUAACAAAAACAGGCUAUUAAACUUGCUGAAGAUGACAUUGAAUUCGAAAUUUGCUCCGAAUCAAAGAUAAUAAUUAAAUGGAUACACCAGGACCAUCAAGUAAAAGAAGUGCUUCGCCAUCUCUUGAAACUCCUUGCAAAAAAAGUCUUUUAAGUACUAUUCCUGAAGCACCAAGUUCAUGCAGUUCAAAAUAUAUUGAUUUUGAAGAAAAUCUAAUAUGCGUUAUUUGUCAGGAAAUAUUUCAUGACUGUUAUAGUUGCCAGCCAUGUAUGCAUUCAUUUUGUGCAGGGUGUUAUUCAGUUUGGAAGCUAGAGUCGUCACAAUGUCCUACUUGUCGGAAGGAAGUGGAGUCUGUUUAUAAAAAUCAUACACUGAACAAUCUAAGUUUGGCUUACCUAAAUCUCAAUCCAAAUAAAUGUCGAAGCAAAGAAGAUUUGUUAAUGUUAGACAAAAGAAAUACAUUAAGUUCUCCAAAGACUGAGAUGAUAAAAUGUGAAGUUGUUGAUAGUGACUCGAACGAUGAAGAAGACAAUAGAAAUCAAACAAUAAAUGAUUUCCCAAGACCAUUUCAUUUAAGGAGUUCUUUUAAAUGCAGAGAGUGUGUUGGAUAUAGCUCAUCUGACUCAACUGACUCUGAUAAUCUUUAUCAGAGAUCCAAUACAGGAAACAUUUGUCAAGAGGGAGAUACACAUUUAAUAUGCUCGUGUUGCUUUAGAUUAAUCUCAGCUGUUCCACCACUUUCUGAUAGGAGAUGUGUGUGUUGUGGUAGAUUUUUUUGUCAUUUGUACUGGAAGUGCUCUAAACCAGGAUGCUGUGGGUGCUUGUCAAAAUUUAAAGACAUGGACUUGGAUGAAAAACAUUUAUCAGAGUUGAUAUCUAAAAAUCCAUUUGAAUCUGAAAUAUUAAAAAAUUAUCUUGUCAGCAAAAACAUGAAAAUAAAAGAUCUUUUAACACAUUGUCUUCAAAAGCUAGAUUUAAAGCAGUUUACCACCACAAAGGCUGCAAAUAUUAAUUCAGAAGAUAUUCUGUGCUACUGCUGUGUUUUAACAUUAUUGAAAGAAUUAGCUUAUCAAUAUCGGGUUAAUAUACCUAGCUCUGAACUACCUGUGGAUGUUGUUAACAGACCAAACUGCUAUUGGGGUAAUAAUUGCAGGACCCAAACUCAUUCACCUAACCAUGCAAGGAAGUUCAACCAUAUUUGUACACAAACAAGAUUUUCGUAACAUUCAAGAUAUAUAAUUGUGUUAUACAUAAGAUAUAUGUGUGUAUGCGUGUGUGAUUAUAUAUACAUGUGGGUAUUUGUGUGUGUUUAUGCAUGUGGCAGUAUCUUAUUCAUUUAAAAUUUGUUUGAUAUCUUUUUUAUAUUUUAGCAAUUUAAAGACUUUUAACAAAAAAAAUAUUUUUAUCAAAAUAAAUUUAAAAUCAGCUAAAUUUGCUAUUUAAAAUAGUGAAAUAUAAGGUUUCUUUUUUAUUCUGUUUUCUUAUCUUUUUUCAUUACUUUGUUUUAUAUGUUUUUUUUUUUUUUUUAAUUUCUUGAAUAUAUUUGAGUAAGAAUGUGAAGUAUCAAAAAAAAUUUGUAAUAUAAAAUUUUGAAAAAUAUAAACAUAGCAAAAACCUGUAGUUCAAUUAUCUUUUACAAACCAAAGUGGAAUAUUGUUUUUGCUUA